GACGAGGGCAGGGAGAGGUUCCGCGAACGGAAGGGGAUGAACAGGAAGAGCAAGGGCUGCGCACACAGAGGGGGAAACUGCUGGCAGUGUUGGUUUUUCUAAGUGUAUUUAUUCACCCCGUCUCCUUUCCUAUUGUGUUAAUGAUUUUCUCUAUCUGUGUAAAUGUCCCUUUAAGUUAGUUUAUUGGCGCCACGGUCAGUGCUUCCUCUACAGUAAGCGUAUUAUCAAGCUAGCGACUCUUGACUGUCUCCAGCCUGCAACUUCCCGUCACCGAGAAGAACGAAGACGAGAAGAGCGAGCAGCUGAAAAGGAAACAGGGUCGGUCAAUAAGAAUACAGCGAAAUCUACACGGAUAUCAGACUGAUAGACAAGUCGAUAUCGUUGUCUUCUUUUAGUCGACUAGGCGGAUCUGCGUUCUUCUCAUUGUGGCUUGCUUGCCAGCCGUCGUUUUCAUUGUUGAGCACCCGGCUGCGGCUUGCUCCACUGUCGCCGAGGCUCGAGCCAACCACUGGUGGGGGGUUUAAUGGGAGCCUUGUUUCGAUAGAACUCCCUUCUCCCCCCCACCCCCCCGACGGACCCUCGCUCGAAUCCAAUUCGGGCGCUGUCUUCCCCGAGGGGUGCCCUGUUUUUGCUUAGUCUGACUGGGGAAGGAGGGCGGUCCCCCAGCCUUGACUGUCGCUCUGGCCGACCCUAGUGAACCCUAAUAUGGCAGGAAAUCUGAAGAAAGGCGGAGGACUGAUCGGGAUGAUGAAGGACGCGUUUCAGCCCCAUCACCACCUCCAUUCCAAUCACCAACCAGGGGCCGUGGACAAAAAGACGGUGGAGAAAUGCUGGAAACUAAUGGACAAGGUGGUGCGACUGUGCCAGAACCCCAAGCUGGCCCUGAAGAACAGCCCACCUUACAUCCUGGACCUGCUGCCAGACACCUACCAGCACCUCCGCACCAUCCUGUCCCGCUACGAGGGCAAGAUGGAGACGCUAGGCGACAACGAGUAUUUCCGCGUCUUCAUGGAGAACCUGACCAAGAAGACCAAGCAGACCAUCAGCCUGUUCAAGGAGGGCAAGGAGCGCAUGUAUGAGGAGAACUCUCAGCCCAGACGGAACCUGACCAAGUUGUCGCUGAUCUUCAGUCACAUGCUGGCUGAGCUCAAAGCCAUCUUCCCCAACGGCCUGUUCCAGGGGGAUAACUUCAGGAUCACCAAGGCUGACGCCGCCGAGUUCUGGAGAAGAUCAUUUGGGGACAAGACGAUAGUGCCUUGGAAGGUGUUCCGGCAGGCACUGCACGAGUUCCACCCCAUCAGCUCGGGCCUGGAAGCCAUGGCCCUCAAGUCCACCAUCGACCUCGCCUGCAACGACUACAUCUCCGUCUUCGAGUUUGACAUCUUCACCAGGCUUUUCCAGCCUUGGUCGUCUCUGCUGAGGAACUGGAACAGCCUGGCGGUGACUCACCCGGGCUACAUGGCCUUCCUCACCUACGAUGAGGUCAAGGCCCGGCUGCAGAAGUUCAUCCACAAGCCUGGCAGCUACAUCUUCAGGCUGAGCUGCACGCGACUGGGCCAGUGGGCCAUCGGCUACGUCACUGCAGAUGGGAACAUCCUGCAGACCAUCCCCCACAACAAGCCCCUCUUCCAGGCCCUCAUCGACGGCUUCCGGGAAGGAUUCUACCUGUUCCCCGACGGGCGCUCCCAGAACCCAGACCUCACAGGACUGUGUGAGCCCUCGCCACAAGACCAUAUCAAAGUCACACAGGAGCAAUAUGAGCUGUACUGUGAGAUGGGCUCCACCUUCCAGCUGUGUAAGAUCUGUGCGGAGAACGACAAGGACGUGAAGAUCGAGCCCUGCGGUCAUCUCAUGUGUACCUCCUGUCUCACCGCCUGGCAGGAGUCGGAGGGUCAGGGCUGCCCAUUCUGCCGGUGUGAGAUCAAGGGCACGGAGCCCAUCGUGGUUGACCCCUUUGACCCCAAGGACCCCAUAGGGGGCUCCUACGGGAGCUGCAGGGGUAUUUUUGGGGCGGAGGGUGCCCCGUCGCCCAGCUACGACGAUGACGACGACGACCGGCUGGAAGACCCCCACCUCAUGAUGAGCAAGCUGGCCUGUUCCAAGGUGGAGCGGCCCCCUUCGCCCAUGUCCCUUGCGCCCCAGUCCUCCCUGCCCCCCGUGCCCCCCCGCCUCGACCUCCUGCAACACCGACCGCCCAACCCCCCAGGAGCAUCCAGCCCAGGGACCACGUCCAAGGCGUCCUCCCACCACAAGGACAAGCCUCUCCCACUGCCCCCAGCCCUGAGGAACCUGCCCCCUCCUCCUCCACCAGACAGACCUCUCUCUGCCGGGCCUGACGGGUGGCUCGGCAGACGGCCACUACCCUGCACCCCCCUGGGGGAACCCAAGCUCCCCCCGGCCCCGCCCAACCGUAACCUGGCCGACUGGAACCCCAGGCCGGUGCCCAAGGCCCCCGGACAGCCACCCGGUGUGGGAGACAGGCAGCUCUCCAACAGACACUCCCUCCCACUGGCCCUACCGUCAGCCCUAGACGGAUGCACAGACGGACAGCGGAACAACAGCUCGCUCAGUCUGGACCAUCAGCUGGUGAAGGGAGCCCAGAGUUUUGGAGGCACGGCGUCUGGCAGUCAGGAGUAUGACAACCCCAAAGUGAGGCCUUCGGUGUCGGCCAAUGCCAUCUAUGCUCUGGCUACAAGACCACAUCCAGAUCUGAAGCCUGUGGCUGGGGGAGAGACCUACGAGAGUGACGAGGAGUCCGACUACAUGAUCCCCACCUCUCGGCCCGUGCUGGCCCCCAUGGCAGCCCCCCUUGUGGUGACAGAGGCCCCAGCUCCCAAACCCCCCCAGCCCAGCUCUCUUAACUCAUGGCCCAUGCUGAAGGACCUGGAUGAAGGACCUCAAAUGUAUGAAGCCAUGUAUAACAUCCAGGCCCAGGCCCUCACAGCCUCCCUGCCUCACCUGGCCAGAGACUCGGAUUGCUCUGAGCUGCCCCCCAUGGCCAGUACCAAUGGUCCCAUCUGGGAGAUCCCCUGCCCGGUCCGGGAGCUUCCCGAGGAGGUAGAGGAGGAGAACGGCUAUGACAUCCCCAAACCAGCUUUGCCCAUGGCCCGACGCACCCUCUCCGAGCUGGGGGCCGCCACCAGCCGUCUUGUCAUGGACAGCGAGCCCGGAGCGUCUGCCUCCUUCUCAGAGUCCAGUGACGCCCCAGAGCGGCCGCCCAAGCCCCUCCCCCGCCGCUUCAACUCAGAGCGCCGGCGCAGCCCCAUACCUCCUGGAUUAGGCACUGGAGGAGGCGGAGGAGGGUCGGGAGAAGGAGGUGGAGGAGUAGCCAACCCCCAGAUCACCAGCGAGAUUGAGCAUCUCAUGAGCCAAGGCUAUACCUACCAGGACAUCCAGAAAGCCCUGAUGAUUGCACAGAACAAUAUGGAGAUGGCCAAGAAUAUCCUGCGCGAGUUUGUCUCCAUUCCCUCCACGGCGCACAUUCUUACAUAGUACCUCCUCUGCUCCAGCCCUGCCCAGCUCAGCCCAAAGCCCAUCGCCUGCAGUACUAGCGCUUCAGUGCUAACCGGAGCCCCUGCAGUCUCCUGUCCGGCGCCCUCUCAAAGCUAGCUCGAUGCUAACUGUGUGUGACUCCGAGCCCUGCACUCCACGUGAUUUCUCAAGAGAGUCUGGACGCCUUUUGUAAUGUGCUGCAGGGCCACUCUCCAUAUCCCAUGUGGUGAUGCUGAUGGCUCAUCAUGCAACCGAAGCUUCGGCGGUCUUUCUCAGUCGUUUUCGCAUCCUCCCGAGGCCUCUACCGAAAUGUAAUCGACACCUCGCAACAAAAAAAAACAUGUACGUGUGUCUAUAUAAGAAUUUAAUAUAUAACAAAAUAUAUAUUAAAUGUGUAUAAUGUAUACAUAUAUAUUUCCCAUGAGUUCCGCUUCGAAGGUCUUUUUUUUUUUUCAUGUCGUUCAUGUUAAGGAUAGAUUGCAGAGGUCAAAGAUGGUGGUUCUUUGAAGCCGCUCUGAGCGAGAGAGCACCCUUCUAUAGUCCCCAGCCCUCACUUUGAGGAGAAAGACAGACUUGGUUUAGCAUUUAGAAGCAGGCGUUUCCUAAACAUUUGGCAACAUGUCAAAUGUGGCCUUUUUAAUGAUAUUGCUUCGGUACUUUCUGGGGGAAAUUAGUGUUUGUGUGUUGCCUCAAAGUAGCAUAAUGUUAGUGUUAGAGGUCUGGACUGUCAUCUCCAGCUAAGGUUGUAGCCCAGUGUGUGGUUUGUGUGUGUGCGCUUUCAAGUGAUCUACAGCUAAGGGAAAGGUUAAACCCAUAGGGUGUGUGUCUUUGUCUGGGAUGUGUCUUUGUCUGGGAUGUGUGUUAGGUGUGUCUGGCCAUUGACUUGGCUACUAGGGUAGGGAUGCGUGAUGGCUGACCGAGUUCACGGUUGACAAUUUGACUUAAGCCCGGUGAAAAGCAAAGCUGUUUUGACUGUGUUAUUAGAUAUAUGCAUCAUUUUCUACUGUGGGUAGCUUUAUUUCCUACAUCUAAUCGCCUCAUCAGUGAUUUCGAUGACCAAACUGGGACUGGGAAGCCUGUGUUUAGUUUUUUCACUAAGACGGUUUUUAGAGGCAGUCCUGGCUCUGCUGUUAAGCCACACAAAUGUGUGAUACCAACUUCGGAUGACUUGGAUGUCUAUGUUAGCGCAGUGGAAGAGGGGAUGCUCUCUCUCACUCCCACUCUGUCAGAUCUAAUCAAUCGAAGCCAUCUGGGAGGUCCCGAUUGGCCCAUGUCCCAAUCCCUCUUCUAUCCCUGAGCAAAAUGAAUGCUGGUUGGUCGUUCAUCCUUAAAUGUAGUGCUCUUUCUAAACAUACUUCUCUCUACCAAUCGUCUGAAUGGGAGGGGCAAAGUGUACUUAAAUCUAACGGUGGGCAAAAAAGUAUUGACGGAUUCUAUUAAAGGCCCAGUACCGGGCCAAGAUGUUAUGAUGUGUUGAACACAGCUCCGACAUGAGGAGAGCUUCGUCCGAGACGUACACCGAAGCUGUUCAUCGUUGUGAAAGAAAAAAAAAUAUGUCAUCGAUUUACUUUAAUAAUAUAUUAUUAUUAUGAUCAUUAUUGUUAUUAUUAAUUCAGAAGUGCUUUACUGCUGCUACUAUUGUUAUUGCUAUACUAUUAAGCCUUAAAUGUACAUUUGUGAAUAUUGUUGUUUGACCUCUUUUUUUUUUGUUCUUUUUUUUUUAAAGUGACAGUAUCUAAUUUGUGUUCUUUAUUUGGUGAUGUAGCAUACUUGAAAAUGCAAGCAGCUUGGGUUGUGCAAUUCAAGCUGAAUUCAGUUGUUUUCUUAUCUUUAGUGUUGGACUGGAUAGCCUUUAGGGGAAUUAUGAUGACAUCAUAAAUCGCACUGUCAGCAUAUUGACCGAAGUGGUAGCACCGGCAGAACGAACGAUGUGAUUGAAGAAAAGGAACAGUGCCAUAACUCAGUCAGACGUCUGUAUUGUAAAUGCCUCCACUUAAAAGGGGAGUACAUCUAAUCCAGAUGAAAUUGGGUGUUGUGCAAGCUUUGUUAUUAAGGAACGUCUUAAUUGCACAGCUGCAAAAAGCCCAGUAGCUUAGGGAACAAGGACAUGUUGAGACGCACACCCAAAAUGUUGAUGAGUCGCCCCCCCCCCCCCCC